AUGCGACCGCAAGCAUUAAUGACUAAGAUCUAUCUAUCUAUCUAUCUAUCUAUCUAUCUAUCUAUCUAUCUAUCUAUCUAUCUGUCUGUCUGUCUGUCUGUCUUCUCUCUCUCUCUCUUUCUUACCAAUCUCCUUGAGUCUCUUUCUUUCUCUCUUUCUCUUCUCUUUCUCUUCUUCUGCAUUUUACUUUGCGUCGUUCUCUAUAUUAAUCGAUCAAAUGCCUAUUCAAAAAGAUGCUUAGGUUUUUGGAAUCACUCUAGUUGCCAAGUUACCAAAAAAGACUGUGUCAUUAAAACUGAGACAAAGGAAUUCGACUGUAAAAAUCAAGCCUGGGAAAUAAAUCCUGGCGUCAGUUUUAAAUAUAAUAUUACACUUAAAAGGCGAGUAAGUUAUGUCUGUGAAGGUUGCUGUUGUCCGACUGUUAAAAAAGAUUUAAAAUACUACCAAAACACAUGUCCAAACUGUAUGAAGCUUUGGUCAAACCCAGUGGAAAAGGGAAUAAUAAAACUGAGUGGCAAUCAUAUCAUUAUGGAAGAGGCAUUACAAGAUGGGCAAUUUUUGAAAAUUCUUAUCAAAGAUGACUUUCCAGAAUCAAUUGAAUUGUGUCUUGAUGAGGGAAAAACAAAAUGCAAGUUGCACACCAGCAAUGAGACAUGGACGAUUAUUGACUCAAACAAAAAUUGGACUGAUUAUUUUGAAAAAUCAAUAACGAAUGGAUACAUAACAGUAAAACAACCAAGGGAUCAAAUUGACAUUAAAUUGGCUAUCAAGCAAAAACGUUUGAAUGUGACGUAUAUUCACUUUAUAAAUGUUUCGGUGUCAAAAAGAACAGAGAAAACGAAAUGUUUUACUUGUUUGGCACCUGAAGAUGUUACCACUUUGACCACUCUGAGAUCUCCAGAGGCAUCAGUAGAGGCAAGGGAAAUGCAGAAUGGCAGCCCAAAUGUCAUUUAUUCAAGCAGUCAAAGAACCAGUCAAAUGUCUACUACUACUGCAAAUGCAUAUGUACAACCUAACUUAAGAGAGGAACUCAAAUCAGCUGGUAAUACAUCAGAGAAAAGAAUAAGUACUGUGGCCAAAUUUGUGGGAAAAUAUAAGACUCUAAAAGAAGACAACAUUGCUGUAGCUGUGAGAGAAUUAAGCAAUGUGACAAAAGAUAGCACCAGUGAAAAUAUCACAAAGGAUUUCAUAGAUGUUGUUGAUCAUGUAGUAUCAACUAAUAACAUUGAAAGUUGGAAAAAUCUCACACAAAAGAAUGUCCAGCCUUCCAAUGUCAUGAAUGCCACUGAUUCUUACUUUGAUGGUGUAACCAGACAUAUGAAUGUUGGAGACAAAACUAAAGAAAUUCAAAAAAACAAUAUUAUUUUGCAUUAUGGAAGUGUUUCAAAGCAAAGAGCCCAAAUUCUCAACUCAUAUCAAAUUUCUUCAAGUGCCAUAAUUAAUAUUCCACAACAACUUCUCCAAACAACAACAUCUGAAAAUAUUCGUUACAGUUUUGUGUAUUACAAAACAUUAUCUAUUGUGAUGAAAACAAGAGCAACCUUUUGGAAAGAAAAGGAUUCUCAAAGUGAACGAUUGAAUUCUGGCAUUCUGUCAAUCUCCUUGUAUUCACAGCUCAAGUAUCCUCUGAAAAAAAAUAUCAAUUUUGCUUUGAAUCACAUUAAGAGAUCAAAUUUGAAGCUUGUUUGUGCUUACUGGAAUUUUUCAUAUAAAUCACGAAUCACUGGGUUUUGGGGAAGAUGGGAAACAAGAGGCUGCCAUGUUGUUUCUCAGAACCAAACAUGCACAACAUGUUCUUGCAACCACCUCACCAACUUUGCCCUCUUGAUGAGCACUCAUUCAAAGGUUGUGAAUGACAAAUUUACAACAGCUAUUUCUUUGAUAAGCGGAAUAAUUUCCAUUUUGGCAGUUCUUAUUACUAUUGCAUGUUAUGCUGCACUUUGGCCGAAUAUUACCCAGAAUCCUGUGAAUCGAUCAAGAGCAAUUAUCCUCAUGAACCUUUGUGUGGCUCUGAUAAUUGCCAAUAUUAUUUUUCUUGCUGGAAGUCAAGAAUACAAAAAUAAAGUUGCAUGUAAAGUGAUAUCUGUUUUACUGCAUUUCUUCUACUUGUCAGUCUUCUUCAGCAUGUUGAUGGAAGGACUCGAUAUGCUUAUCACUGUCAUAUUAGUCUUCAGCAAGAAAAUCAAGGUCAAGUGGUUAAUUCUUGGAACCUGGAUUUUUCCACUUUUGAUUGUUGGCAUCAGUUUAUCAAUCAAGUUUGAUAAUUAUGGAGAUUAUAAUCAUUGUUGGCUUUCUGUAAAUAAUGGACUCCGAUGGGCAUUUAUAGGACCUGCAUUUUUUAUUAUAUUUAUAAAUGCUAUAAUUUUCAUUAUUGUAAUCAGUCGAAUGUUACAGACACAAGAAAUGAUGCAAAAGACAGUCCAAGAGAGAAUCAGGUCUGGUAUUCGUGGAAUUGCCUUACUUUCUCCAAUUCUUGGUUUUACAUGGAUUGCAGGAUUUUUUCUGGUUCAUGAAAAUAUUACAUUGCAAUACAUUUUCAUCAUUUGCCAUUCUUUACAGGGCAUAUGUAUCUUCUUCUUACACUGUUUAUUCAGUAGACAAGUGAGAGAAGGUUUCUGUCAAUGGUUACAAAAGAAGAGUUAUUUUAAUGAGCUUUCAAAUUCAUCAUUAAAAUGUGUGGGACUGGACCAAACAAACAUGACACGAACCAUGAGUACAGCCCAAAGUUUAGAUGAGUUGGAUUCCUACCAAAACAAGCUUUCAGAAUUUCGGCCACGAAAGUCUCAGGACUUUUUAAUUCCUGGUAAAUGA